CAGAGGCAGAGGUGUCCGAGUGAGUUUGACCGGAGGCUCGGGGCGAUCAGUCUGUCAGGGCUUCGUGGUGUUAGACCGACACCGAGAUAUCUGAACUUUGAAGCAAUUUGUAAAACUUGCCAGCACAGCUAGCUGGCACUGAAUGAUCAGGAGCAACAUCGGGAGGGUUGAUGUUGAUUUAUUCAUUUUUACUGCCUGUGCCGCAGUCACACCCGGAAUUGCAGUUCUGAGCCAUGGUGCAGCCGGAGAGGUUUCAGUUUGCUAUUGAUCGUGGUGGGACUUUCACCGAUAUCUUUGCCAGGUGUCCAGGGGACAAAGUUCGCGUCAUGAAGCUCCUCUCUGAGGACCCAGCCAAUUACCAAGAUGCUCCCACUGAGGGCAUCAGGAGAAUACUACAGGAGGAGACAGGGAUGCAGCUUCCUCGGGAUCGUCCAAUCGACACCUCCAACAUCGACUGGAUCCGAAUGGGAACAACCGUCGCCACAAAUGCCCUGCUAGAGCGAAAGGGGGAGCGAAUUGCACUGGUGAUAACCAAAGGGUUCAAGGACUUGCUACAUAUUGGCAACCAGUCCCGGCCGAAGAUAUUUGACCUUGAGAUUGUGAUGCCGGAGGUAUUGUACGAAGAGGUAAUCGAAGUUGAUGAACGAGUGGUUCUACAGCAGAGUGGCUGCCAGCUGCCUAAACAGGCUGGCCUGGAGGCAGCUGUGGGAUCCACAGGGGAGCAUGUAGAGGUUUGGAGACCAGUGAACAUGACACAGCUGGAAGGGCAGCUGAUGGACGUCCUUUCGAAGGGCAUCCAGAGCCUGGCAGUUGUCCUGCUACAUUCCUACACGUGGCCUAAUCACGAGAAACAAAUUGGGGAUAUGGCUAAGCGGCUCGGGUUCAAACACAUCUCGCUGUCCUCGGAGGUGAUGCCCAUGAUCCGUGUUGUCCCCCGUGGUUACACAGCCUGUGCUGAUGCCUAUCUGACACCGUGCAUUAAGAAAUAUGUCAAUGGCUUCAGGGCAGGAUUCCAGGACAGUCUCAAAGAUGUCCGGGUGUUGUUCAUGCAGUCUGACGGUGGGCUAACGCCGAUGGAGCGGUUCAGUGGGUCUAGGGCUAUCCUCUCAGGUCCAGCAGGAGGUGUGGUCGGCUACGCACUCACCACACGCACAGGCUGUGCAAGACCAGUCAUUGGCUUCGACAUGGGCGGCACGUCGACAGAUGUGAGCCGCUAUGCAGGGGAGUACGAGCACGUGUUCGAGGCUACAACUGCAGGAAUUACCAUCCAGGCGCCUCAGCUCGACAUCAACACUGUGGCAGCCGGUGGGGGCUCCAUCCUUUCCUUCAGGUCUGGACUGUUUGUCGUUGGUCCGGAAUCAGCCGGAGCUCAUCCGGGCCCCAGCUGUUAUCGAAAAGGAGGCCCACUUACCAUCACCGAUGCCAACCUUUGCCUCGGGCGACUGCUGCCAGAUUAUUUUCCCAAAAUCUUCGGUCCCUCAGAGGACCAGCCGUUGUGGAAGGAAGGGGCUCUGAAUGAGUUGCGGAAAGUUACGGAACAUGUCAAUGCCUUCCUCUGUGACCAAGGUGAUGAGGAGAAAGCAUGUAGACAAACACAGAUGACCCUGGAAGAAGUUGCUCUGGGAUUCGUCCGCGUGGCCAAUGAGUCAAUGUGUCGACCAAUCAGAGCUCUAACUCAGGCCAAAGGUCACGAUACCUUGCGCCAUGUGUUGGCAUGCUUCGGAGGGGCUGGGGGCCAGCAUGCCUGUGCUAUUGCCCGGUCCUUGGGCAUGAAAACCGUCUUCAUCCACAAGUAUAGCAGUAUCCUGUCAGCCUAUGGAAUGGCAUUGGCGGACGUGGUACAUGAAGCCCAGGAACCUUGCAGUGCAGUGUAUGAAGCAGCCUCAUAUUCCUUCCUGGAUGAGAGGAUAGACAUACUGGAGGAACAGUGUGUGGCUACACUCUGUGCUCAGGGAUUUCGCAGGUGUCAGAUUCACACGGAGGCUUUCCUUCACUUGCGAUAUGACCGUACCGACUGUGCCCUCAUGUGUUCUGGCAGAUCACACCCUCCACGCCCCGGCUCUGAUUCCUGUCGCCAUGGAGACUUCCACACUGCCUUCACCAGCAGGUACAUGAAAGAGUUUGGCUUUGUAAUACCGGACCGGCCGAUCAUAGUGGAUGACAUCCGCGUGCGUGGCUGUGCCAAAUCUGCUUUCAAAAAGGAACAGAAAAUGCAAUGCAGUGGAAGAGAGCCUCGCAUUGAAACUGUGGUAAAGUGUUACUUUGAUGAGGGUUAUCUAGACACUGCUGUAUACCUCCUGGAGGAUCUGUCAUGUGAUCAUACAGUUUCUGGACCCGCAAUCAUCAUUGAUAAAAACAGCACCAUCCUGGUUGAAGCAGACUGUAUCGCUGGUGUCACUAAGCUUGGUGACAUCCAGAUCACCAUCGGCAGAGGGAAGCCACAGACUGUCGGACCCAGACUCGAUACAAUCCAGCUCUCCAUCUUUUCACAUCGCUUCAUGAGUAUUGCAGAGCAGAUGGGUCGUACACUGCAGAGAACAGCCAUCUCCACCAACAUCAAGGAGCGACUGGACUUCUCUUGCGCACUGUUUGGCCCCACAGGGGGCCUGGUGUCCAAUGCCCCCCACAUCCCCGUACACCUGGGAGCAAUGCAGGAAACCGUGCAGUUCCAGAUUAUCCAUCUGGGUGAUGACCUCAGAGAAGGUGAUGUCAUCCUGAGUAACCAUCCCAGUGCGGGCGGAAGCCAUCUUCCGGACCUGACAGUCAUCACUCCGGUUUUUCGAAAAGGUGUUUCUCAUGCGGUGUUUUUUGUGGCAAGCCGAGGGCACCAUGCUGACAUUGGUGGCAUCACCCCUGGCUCCAUGCCACCUCACUCCAAAUCGUUGCAGGAGGAAGGAGCUGUCUUCACUUCGUUCAAGCUAGUAAAGGAUGGGAUCUUCCAGGAGGAGGCUGUUACCAAGGCACUCCAGGCCCCAGCACAGAUCACAGGCAGCAGCGGGACACGCAAUCUCCAUGACAAUCUGUCAGAUCUGCGGGCGCAGGUAGCAGCCAAUCAGAAAGGGAUCCAGCUGGUGAAUGAGCUGAUCGAUGUGUACGGGUUGGAGGUGGUCCAAGCUUACAUGGCCCACAUUCAGAAUAAUGCGGAAAUCGCUGUGAAGGAGAUGUUGAAGGACUUUGCCAAUCGAUGUCAGCAGAGGGAUGGGCUGGUGGAGGUCCAUGCUGAGGAUUACAUGGAUGAUGGCACUCCAAUCAGAUUGAAAGUGAAAAUCAGCGAGGCAGAGGGAACCGCUGUAUUUGAUUUUACGGGCACUGGGCAUGAGGUGUUUGGGAAUUGCAAUGCUCCUCGUGCCAUCACCCUCUCUGCCCUCAUCUACUGCCUCAGGUGUAUGGUGGGACAGGAUAUACCCCUCAACCAGGGCUGCCUGGCUCCCGUGAAGAUCAUCAUCCCAAAGGGAACCAUCCUGGACCCAUCAGUGGACGCUGCGGUUGUAGGCGGUAAUGUGCUGACAUCACAGCGAGUCGUCGACGUCAUAUUCAAAGCAUUUGAGGUUUGCGCAGCUUCACAGGGCUGCAUGAACAACAUCACCUUUGGUAAUGAGCGAAUUGGUUAUUAUGAAACAGUAGCCGGAGGGUCCGGAGCAGGCCCUCACUGGGAUGGGCGAGGAGGGGUCCACACACACAUGACCAACACCCGGAUCACAGACCCCGAAAUCCUGGAGAAAAGGUAUCCCAUCAUCCUGAAGAGAUUUGAACUGAACCGAGGAUCAGGGGGUAAAGGUCGCCAUCCUGGGGGUGAUGGAGUCAUUCGGGAGCUGCUGUUCCGAGAGACAGUCGUCCUGUCGGUGCUGACAGAACGGAGAGCUUUCUGCCCCUACGGACUAAACGGAGGGAAGCCAGGAGCCAGAGGACUCAACCUGCUGAUUCGGAAGAAUGGGAGGACCAUCAGCCUAGGAGCGAAGACAUCUGUCGCUGUUAGUGCUGGGGUCCCCGGACAGCAAAUGCCAGAAACAGGGAUAGCCCUACGUGUCUGUGGGGACUCUCCUUUCCAUCCAUCCCUCCCUCCAGCUCUCACUGACCUGACUACACACAAUGAGGACAACUGCCUCAGAACAUUCUGAAGCACUUUACAGCUAAUGGUGAUUCUUGUCAUUGUUGCAAUAUAGGAAACUCGGCUGCUAAUUUGUGCACAACAAGAUCCCACAAAUGAAAACAAGAUAAAUGACCAGAAUUCUCCUCAUUUUUCCCCUUGUGGGAUAAAGUUUGUCUCAUGAUGCUGGGAUGAACUCCAACCAUUCCAGCAAAAUAUUGCGGAUGCUGGAAAUCUGAAAUAAAUAAACAGGAAUUGCUGAUAACACGCGUCACAUGUAGUCAUAGGAGUGGAAGUAGGCCAUUCAGCCCAUUGAAUUUGCCUCGCCAUUCAGUGAGAUCAUGACAGAUUUGAUAAUCCUCAACUCCAUUUUCCUGCCUUUUCCCAGAACCACUAAUUCCCUCACAAUAUUAAAACGUGUCAAUCUCAACAAUAAAAAUUCUUAAAUAUUGCACAGAAUCAGUACCUUCUGAAAGAAGAAAUUUCUCCUUACCUCUGUCUCAACUGAGUAACCCCUUAUUCUGUAAUGAUGGCCUCAGGUCCUAGGCUCUCCCACGAGGGAAAACACCCUCUCCACAUCUAUCUUGUCAAGUCCCCUAAAAAUCUUGUACAUGUCAUUCAUCCAAUCUCCAACGAGCAUAGACCCAGCCCACUCAACGUCUCUUCGUACGGCAGUCCGUCCCCACCCUGGAUCAGCUGACUGAACCUUCUCUGGAUGCCUGCUAUGGCAGAAUAUCUUCUCUUCGAUAAGGGAGCCAAAACUCUUCACAGUAUUCCAGCUGAGGCCCAACUAGUGCCUUGAACAGAUUUAGUAAAACCUCCCUAUUUUUAUACCCUGUGCCCUUUUCAAACUAAGGGCCACAAUUCCAUUUGCCUUUCCCAUCACCCACUGAACUUGCACGUUAACUUCCUCUAAUUCAUGCAUGAAGACUCCUAAAUCCUUCUGUUCUGUAGCUUUCUGCAGUCUUUCUCCAUUCAAAUAAUAUUCAGCUCCUCUACUCUUCCUGCCAAAGGCGUAACCACACUUUACCUCACAUUAUUUUUCAUCUGCCAAGUCUUUUCCCAUUCACUUAACCUGUCAGUAUCCCUCUGCAGACUCUGCGUGUCAUCUCCACCACUUGCCUGUCCAUCUAUUUUCAUGUCAUCCACAAACUUGGCAACAGUACAUUCAGUUUCCUCAAGCUAAGUCAUUCAUUUAUUGUGACAAACAAGUGUGGCUAGGGAGACAAAAUGAAUGGUUCAGGUCAGUGACCCUUCAGAAUAUUAGGAAGGCUAGAAAUGUAAAAGUAGGGUUUGCGAAAAUAGUGGGGGUGGCUAAAGGGAAGAUCUGCUGUGGGGUAGAGCGGGGUCAGGACAAUCAAUAGGUUCAAGGUGCAAAGGUCAAACCGAAGGUUAAUGGGUAGAAUCAAGGAUGGAAAAAUCCAUUCGGGGGUGGAGGGCACUAGGAAGCAGGGCGAAUGAGUAAAGGAGAAUUUAAAACUGAAGUUGUGGGGAAAAGCAAGUGUACAAAACAAAAAUGGGGCAGAUGUUCCAGUCGAAAAUCAAUGUCAAGAUCAGAUGGCUGCAGAGUUUUAAGUCUGAAGAGAAGAUGAAAGGCAUUUGGUCCUUUGAGCCUGAUCCUCAAUCUUAACGCUAAUUCCUCACUGUAUCUCUGUAUCCUCUUAUUCCCCGCCUGGCCAAAAAUCUGUCAACCUCUGGCUGGAAUAUACUCGAUGACCAAGUGAACAUUCGCAGGUCCCUGGGCUUCAGAAUUUCAAAGAUUCACAAGAAAUGAGAAUAGGACCAGGCCUUUCACUCCCUCCAGCCUGUUCCACCAUUCAGUAAGUUCAAGCCUGAUCUGACUGUAACCCCAAAUCUACGUACCCAUCAAUUCCAUCAUAACUUUGCACCCCCAUGUUUGUCAAGAAUCUGCCUACGUCUGCUUUUAAAAUAUGCAAGGACUCUGGUUCCACCACCUUCUCAAAGACUCACUGUGAUGGAAGAGAAUUUUCUUGUCUUAUUGGCUACUAAGUGGGCAAUCUCUGAUUUUUAAACAGUGGCCCUUAGUUUUAGAUUCUCUAUGCAAGCCAGAAGACCAACAGAUCUGAGGAGUGAGAGCAUUUAGAAUUCAGCAAAAGGAUGACAAAAGGGAUUGAUUAAGAAAAGGAAAAUCGAGCACGAGAGUAAGCUUGUGGGCAACUUACAAACUGACUGUCAAAGUUUCUGUAGUGUGUGAAAACAAAAAGAUGGGUAGAGACGAAUGAAGUCCCCUACAGUCACAAACAGGGCCAUUUAUAAAAGCGACAACGAAACAGCUGAUCAACGAAAUGCAUAAUUUGGUUCUCUGUUCACAAUAACAUACUAGAAAUGUUGGGGAACACAGGGUUUACUAAGAGGCAAAUCUGUAUUAGUGGAGAAAUGAUGUUUUGGAAAUUGAUGUGACUGAGGCUGAUAAAUCUCAAGGACCUGCCAAUCUCUGUCCCAGUGCACUUCAGGAAGUGGCCCUCGAAGUAGUGGACAGAUUAGUCAUCUCUCAAGGUUCUAUAAGAACUUGACAUUCUUUACGUUCCUACAAAUUGGAGAGAGUCAGAAGUCACACUACACCAGGUUAUAGCCCAACAGGUUUAUUUGAAAACACAAGCUUUUGAAGCGCUGCUCCUGAAUUGUAUUUUCUUUUACUGCACUUUGAUUGAAGUAACAACUUGUGUUAGAAUAACAUUUCUUUCUAUGUUUACAAGCCUGAGGCAAGUUGACUUCUGACUUUGUCCACCCCAGUCCAACAACAGCACCCCCACAACAUACAGAUUGGAAGCUAAUGUAACCCCUCUAUGUUAAAACAGAGGUCGAGAUAAAACAGAGCAUUACAGCCUUACAUUGGUAGUGAGAAAAUGCUAGAGUCCAUGAUAAAAGAAUUAAUAGCUGAGCGCUUAGAAAACAGUAGCAGGAUUGGACAGAGUCAGCAUGGAAUUCCAAAAGGGAAUCACGCUGUACAAAUCAACUUGAAUUCUUUGAAAAUACAACUAGUAGAGUUGAUGAGGGGGAGCCCAUGGGAUGUGAUUUGCUUGGACUUUCAGAAGGCUUUUGACAAAGCCCCACAGAAGAGAUUAAUGUGUAAAUUUACAGAGUGUGGGAUUGGAGGUAAUGAAUUAAAAUGGGUAUAGAAUGGGUUGGCAGACGAGAAACAAACAGUGAGAUAAGUGAGACUCUUUUCUGAACCGUGGCCAGUGGGGCGCUGUAUGGAUCCACUGCUUCAAUCCCAGCUGGUCACAAUAUACACUCACGAUGUGGAUGCAAUGACUAAAUGUAAUAUCUCCACGUUAGCAAAUGACCGAAAGCUGGGUGGGAGGGUGAGCUGUGAGGAGGAUUCAGAGAUGCUUCACUGUGAUUUGGACAGGCUGAGUGAGUGGUAAAGUGCAUGGCAGAUGCAGGAUAAUGAGGGUAAAUGUGAGGUUAUCAAUUUUGGUCGCAAAAACAGGAAGCAGAUUAUUAUCUGAAUGGCAAUGGAGAGAGGGGAGUGUACAGUGGAACCUGGGUGUCCUUGUGCACCAGAUGCUGAAGGUAAGCAUGCAGGUGUAGCAGGUGGUAAAAAAUGUAAAUAAUAUGUUGGCCUUCAUUGCGAGAGGUUGAGUACAGGAGCAGGGAUGUGUUGUUGCAGUUAUACAGGGCCUUGGUGAGGCCACACCUAGAAUAUUGUGUGCAGUUUUGUGCUCCUUUUCUGGGGAAGGAUGCUCUUGCUCUUGAGGGAGUGUAGCAAAGGUUUACCAGGCUGAUCCUGGGGAUGACAGGACUGACAUAUAAAAAGAGGUUAAAUUAGUUGGGAUUAUAUUCCCUGGAGUUUAGAAAAAUUUUUGUGGGGUUGGUUGGGGGGGUAGGGUGGGAGGUUUUGAAAAUCUCAAGGAAACCUAUAAAAUUCUAACAGGAUUAGACAGGAAGGAUGCUCCUGAUGAUGGAGGGCUCCAGAACCGAGCGUCUCAGUUUAAGGAUGGUGGGUAAACAAUUUAAUACUGAGAGAUAGUAGGAACUGCAGAUGCCUUUAACCAGCUUACAUUUUGUAUCCCCACCCCAAUUUCCUCAAUUUGCUUAGUCAAUCAACAACAAACAGAAAGUUGCUGGAAAACCUCAGCAGGUCUAGCAGCAUCUGUGGAGAGAAAACAGAGUUAACAUUUUAGGUCUGGUGACCCUUUCUUGGAGGGUCCUCUCUCUCCACAGACGCUGCCAGACCUGCUGAGCUUUUCCAACAAUUUCUAUUUUUGUUUCUGAUUUACAGCAUCCGCAGUUCUUUUGCUUUUUACUGUCUUCUUAUCCUUGUAAUUGCAGUUACUUUAGGGCACUAAUUAUAGACAAAUAUUUCUCACUCGCAACUGAAUGUGAAAUUCUAUCAUGUUAUGAUCAUUCUUACCUAAGGGGCUCUUUUACUGUAAAGGCACUAAUAUAUUCUCUCUCAGGUUUAAAAUAGCCUGUUCCCUAUUAGGUUACAGAACAAGUCUGAAGAAGGGUCACUCAACAUGAAACGUUAACUCUGGUUUCUCUCCACAGAUGCUGCCAGACUUACUGAGCUUUCCCAGCAAUUUCUGUUUCUCUUUCAGGUUACAAAGUGUGUUGUUUGAAAACAAACUGUCCUAAUACAGGCUACUAACAUCCUUCAGGUUAUCUUUGCCAAUCUGAUUUUCUAAUCAAAAUUAAAGUCACCCAUGAUUAUUGCAGUGUAUCUUUCUUACAGGCUCCCAUUGUUUCUUGAUUUAUAUCUGUCCUGUCGUAUAUCUACUUACAAGGGAUACUAUAAAUUGCUUUGAGCAAAGAUUAUUUUCCCUUUAAUAUUUCUUAUUUCGAGCAAAAUUUUUUUGACAUCUUGAACUUUCUGAACCUUGAUAUUUAUCCUCUGAUUUGUUCUUUUAUUAACAAAACAACCUCUUCACCGUUUUUCUUCCUGUCCUUCCAGAAAUGUCAAAUAUCUUUCAGUAUUCAUUCCGAGCCUUUGUCACCUUGCAACCGUGCCUUUUUAAUGGCUGUCAUAUCAGCUUUACUCUUAUUUGUUCAAAUAACUGACCCAUCUUGUUAUACGUGCUAUGUAUAUUCAGAGAAAGAGCAUGAAAUUUCUGCCUUUUCACUGUCCCUCCCUAAUCUGACCAUAUUUGCAUUCUUCUGAAUGUAUUCUGUAGCUACCUUUGCAUUCAUCAUCACCCUGCUCUGUUUUUCUGUACUAUUACUUUGUCCUUUAUCUUUGAUUUUCCAUAUCACUCAUACACGUGCGUGCGUGCGCGCACACACACACACACACACACACACACACACACACACACACACACACACACACACACACACACACACACACUCAGGUGAAGGCCGUAAUAAUGAUAAAUCUCUCAUUCCCUUGCUCUGGCUUCUGUCAGUGCCUGAGAAUUAAAACCUGUUCUCCCCAUGACAGUCUUUCAGCCACAUAUACAGCUCUGAUCUAAUUUCUGACUCAGACAGAAAUCCACAUGUCAUGACCUUUCUACAUCUGCAUGUUAAUUUGGCCCUAGCUGCCCCUUCCCUUCCCGUGGGUAGAACUUCUUCUCUUGCACCAAUGUCUUUGGUACCUGCAUGGAUCACAGCAUCUACGUUCUUUCCUUCCGUUCAAUGUAAGCUCCUUUCCAGCCAAAGGCAGCAAUCCUUGACGCUGGCACUGGGCACACAGCACUGCCUUUGGGCUAUAUGCUGCUGAGAACUGUAUCUGUAGCACUACCUUCAGAGCCCUUAGUAAAACUUUGGCCCUUUUUACAACCUCCAGGUGAAUUUCCCCCAGUGUAAUGAUACCACGGGUUCUCACCCAUGCAGUUUGCAAGAACCACAAACGUGUUGUUCAAAGGGGCGAUACGGUGGCUCAGUGGUUAACACGGCUGCCUCGCAGCACCAGGGACCCGGGCUCGAUUCCACUCUCGGUCUGUGUAGAGUUUGCACAUUCUCCCCGUGUCUGCGUGGGUUUCCUCCCACAGUCCAAAGAUGUGCAGGUUAGGGUGGAUAGGCCGUGCUAAAUUACCCAGAGUGUGCAGGCUGGAUGGAUUAGCUGUGAUAAGGGGGGCUUAUGGAGAUAGGGUGGGAUGCUGUUCGGACGGCUGGUGCAGAUUCAAUGGGCCCAAUGGCCUGUAUCUGAACUGUAGGACUAGCUUUUAGAUCCCUGCUACAUGCUCUUGCCCCUUAUCAACAGCUGAAUCAGAGACCCUGGCCCAGGGCCUGGAGCUGCUUCGGUUAACUUUUCUCUGCACUGAGGAAUCUCCCUGACUCUGAGCUGAUGUUCCUCAAGCUGCAGAUGUGAUUGCUACACAUCAAACUGGUGUCAAUAAGCGUGUGAUUUACUUAAAUAAUGACGUUUCGAGUAUUACUGAACAAUUAUCAAGUGGUUUAAUUAGUUAAGCUGUAAAUUUAACACAGCACCUAUCUCCUCAAUACCAGUUUAAACUGUUGUAAAUCAACAACCAUUCACCGAUCUUCUCACCUCGCUUGUGCUUCCAAGGUUCAGCUCUCACAUCACACUACUGUUCUCCAGCUCCCUCUCGCAGUCCACUCCUGUUUUUUUUUGUAGAUCAGAAUAGUCCUUCCCUCUCACUGAAUUCCACCACUUAGCGAUUUACAGAGGAAUUGUUCUUGAGCUGCUAACUCUGUGCUUUUUCACUUUGUGCAGUCAUAUCAGCUGAACUUCAGCACUGCCAGCUAGAGAGGCCAGUAAUCUAACUGGGUAGUCAAUUUGAAAAUCUUAAAACACUAUGUUCCUUGCCUCUGCAUUUCAACAGCUAGUGAAAACCGAUUUGUCAAAAACCUUUACCUUGCAAAGGACAUUAAAUUAUGGAUUCCAGCAUUUUGCCUCAUUCUAAAGUCAGAGCAUAACCACCAUUGGGCUUUGCUUGUUACUGAUGCCCUGGCCACAGUUUUCCAGCUGGUGGAAAUAUUGAAUAAAGUCUUUUACACUGUGGUAUCUUCGCUGAGUCCCUGCACUUACACACACACAAGGAAAAAUAAGCACUUCUGCUGUGGUGUGGGGUUAACAAAAGGGAAAAAAAUUAAACAGGAGAUUUAGACAGUCUCCCGACUUCAGGGAAAAAAAACUACUGAUGUUAAGCUAACAAGAUAGUAAAUCCUGAUAUUCUCUAUCCAUCAUUUCUUUAGCAGGGUAACACAUGUUACAUGUUCGUAUCUGAUCAAUCACAUUGUUAAAUUUGUUCCUGCCUUUAUUUAAGGUUAAGAUGAAAUAGGUGGUGAAUGUUAAUUGUCUGAGCACAUUACCAAUGCAAAGGAAGCACUGCGGGGUGGAAGGAGCUGUAACACUGUGUAAUCAAUAAACUUU